GCAGCGCUUAGCCUCCCCGGGAAUUAGAUCCGUCUCCUCCGCAGCAAGGCGCUCGAACAGACAAAGGAGCUGGGAAAACGGCGAUCUCCCCUUGAGCAGAAAUCCCGGGCUAUGCAAGCGGAUGGAAGGGCAGGAUUUGGGUCGCAAAACUCCCGGGCGGUGUAAAUGGAUCCUCGUGCAAAUAAACGCCUCUGUGGGGCUGCAGCGAACUGCUUUCUUUAAGGUGGUUUUUGCGAUCCGGUUGCUAGGAUUAAGCCUUUUGCAUUGCAGCAUGGAGAGCCUUUUGUUUGAGUUAAAUUCAGACCUCUUGAUGUGUCACCUGACAGUCUUGUGGUUCGGGAUGAAUAUGGCUCAUUGCUAUUAUUAACCUGCUCUGGCAGCCGGGCACGCCGGGGCUCACGGGGAUUUUGGAAAGUGGAACUGCUCGGGGGACGAAGAUGCUUCCCAGCUGGCCUUUGCCGGAGUUUGACCCAAGUCAGAUCCGACUCAUUGUGUAUCAGGACUGUGAAAGAAGAGGGCGGAAUGUCUUAUUUGACUCCAGCGCUAAGAGAAAAAUAGAGGAUGUUUCAGUGUCGAAACUCUGCAGCGAUGCUCAGGUGAGAGUUUUUGGGAAAUGCUGCCAGCUGAAGCCUGGAGGAGAUAGCUCUUCUUCCCUGGAUAGUUCAAUCAAUUCAUCCUCCUCGUUCUCCGAUACAAAAGAGCAAUGUCCGAAGUAUCAGGGUUCUCGGUGCUCCUCUGAUGCUAAUAUGCUUGGAGAGAUGAUGUUUGGCUCUGUGGCCAUGAGUUACAAGGGCUCCACGCUGAAAAUUCACCAGAUUCGCUCACCUCCUCAGCUCAUGCUCAGCAAGGUUUUCACAGCUCGCACAGGAAGUAGCAUCUAUGGCAGUCUAAAUACGCUGCAGGACAGUCUUGAGUUCAUUAAUCAAGACAGCAAUACGUUAAAGCCUGACCACAGUACAAUUAUGAAUGGACUUCUUGGAAAUAUAGGUCUUUCGCAGCUUUGCAGCCCCAGGCGGGCGUUCUCUGAGCAAGGUCCGCUCCGCCUCAUCCGGAGCGCCUCUUUCUUUGCAGUUCACAGCAACCCUAUGGACAUGCCCGGGAGGGAGCAGAGCGAGGACAGGGACAGCGGUAUAGCAAGAUCUGCAUCUCUUAGCAGUCUGCUCAUCACUCCGUUUCCAUCUCCUGGCUCUUCGUUUAACAAAAGCUGUGCCAGCAGUUACCAGCGCCGUUGGCGUCGCAGUCAGACUACCAGCUUGGAGAAUGGGGUCUUCCCUCGAUGGUCCAUGGAUGAAAGCUUUAAUUUGUCAGAUGACAGCUCUGGUCCUAGCCCAGGAAUUGUUAGGAAAAAAAAGAUAGCAAUUGGAGUCAUUUUUUCACUCUCAAGAGAUGAAGAUGAAAAUAACAAAUUUAAUGAAUUCUUCUUCUCGCACUUUCCUCUUUUUGAGAGUCACAUGAACAAACUGAAGAGUGCAAUAGAACAGGCUAUGAAAAUGAGUCGUAGAUCAGCUGAUGCCAGUCAGCGGAGUUUGGCAUAUAACAGAAUUGUUGAUGCCCUUAAUGAAUUCAGAACAACCAUCUGCAAUCUCUAUACCAUGCCGCGGAUCGGGGAGCCCGUCUGGCUUACUAUGAUGUCCGGGACGCCAGAAAAGAACCAGCUUUGCCAUCGCUUCAUGAAGGAGUUCACUUUCUUGAUGGAAAACGCUGCUAAAAACCAGUUUUUACCGGCUUUGCUGACUGCGGUCCUGACUAACCACCUGGCCUGGGUCCCUACCGUCAUGCCGAACGGGCAGCCGCCCAUCAGGAUCUUCCUGGAAAAGCAUUCUUCCCAGAGCGUGGACAUGUUGGCCAAAACUCACCCAUACAACCCACUGUGGGCACAGCUAGGUGACUUGUACGGGGCUAUUGGAUCACCUGUGAGAUUAGCAAAAACAGUUGUGGUUGGCAAAAGGCAUGACCUAGUACAGAGAUUGCUUUAUUUCCUCACUUACUUCAUCAGAUGCUCUGAACUUCAAGAGACGCACCUUCUAGAAAAUGGGGAAGAUGAAGCCAUUGUCAUGCCUGGAACUGUUAUAACGACCACGCUGGAGAAAGGAGAAGUGGAAGAAUCUGAGUAUGUGCUUGUCACAAUGCACAAGAACAGGGGCAACUUGCUGCCAAGGGAGUCUGAAGAAAUGAGAACUCCUAACUGUAGCUGUAAAUAUUGCAAAUGUCCAAUUGCCCUUGCACAAAGCACGGAAGGUGUUUCACAGCAAGAGAGAGAAGAUGCACCAAGCACUCCUAAGGUGGAGCUGGAAACAUCUUCAGAUGAGAACAGAACUGUUGUUUCUAAUGACUGCCAGGAAGAUGCACUUGAUGUUCAGCAGUCGAGAGCCUGCCUGGAGCCUAAACUAGAGACUGUAGUCUGCACCGGGUCGGCUUCCACAGAAAAGUGCGUAUUGACAGAAUCUGGUUUAGAGCCAACAGCGAAUGCGUGGAGGAAUGAAGAGUCGCUGGAAUCCAGCAGCCAGGCCGUUGCUGUAGCAAGGUCACCCGGUAUAGCUGUGGAAAAGAAGCCUCCAGAUAAGCUCUUCUGCGACGCCUUUCCUUGCGAUGCUGCCGAAGCCCAGACAAAGGUAACUUUCCUCAUUGGAGAUUCGAUGUCACCCGAUUCAGACAUCGAACUCAGAAGUCAAGCAGUAGCGGAACAAAUUGCGAGGCAUCACAGCCAGCCGGCAACGGAGGAAGGAGUGUCUGCUGAUCAGAACUGUGAAGCUAAACAAACUGUUGAGGACCAAAAUAGAGACUGUGGGACGGCUGAACCCUUCCCUCAAGUUGCUAGUGAGCAUCAGAGCUGGAAUCCAAAUCCGUACAAUGCUGAGAGCAUGAGUCUGUUUGAUGAGUAUUUUACGGAUGACAGUUCAAUUGAAACCCGGACUAUUGAUGAUAUUCCAGGGCAAGCAGCUGCAGACCUUCUUGCUCACAGCAGUAGCUUAGACUUUUCUAAAAAGCUGUGUACAAAGACUAGCAAACCGCCCAGUGAAUUUUGUAAGUUUAUGGACUCUGUUCGACAGGAGACCUACAAAAACUGCUUUGCUGAGCAGGACCAAAGAGAGAAAAUCUCUAUUCGUGUCCCCCAUGGGGACAGAGAAAACGUAGAGAAAAAAGUCGCCCCAGGAAUCGAUUGGGACAUUCCGAGAAAUGAGAGCUCAGAUAGCGCCCUGGGUGACAGCGAAAGUGAGGAUACAGGUCACGAUCUAACUAGACCAAGCAGUAACUAUUAUGGAGGAGAGCAGGAAGACUGGGCAGAAGAGUAUGAGAUUCCUUUUCCUGGGUCAAAGUUAGUUGAAGUGAACUCUGUCCAGCCCAGUAUUGCCAAUUUUGGAAGAUCCUUACUAGGUGGCUACUGUUCAUCAUACGUCCCUGACUUUGUUUUGCAAGGAAUAGGAAGUGAUGAAAAGCUGAGGCACUGCUUGGUGUCAGAUUUGUCGCAUGCUGUGCAGCAUCCUGUUCUGGAUGAGCCCAUUGCAGAAGCUGUCUGCAUUAUUGCAGACACGGAUAAAUGGACGGUGCAAGUGGCCAGUAGCCAGAGACGAAUGAUCGAUAACAAGCUGGGAAAAGAAGUGCUCGUCUCCAGUCUCAUCUCCAACCUCCUUCAUUCCACUCUUCAGCUUUACAAGCAUAACUUAUCUCCAAACUUUUGCGUUAUGCACCUGGAAGAUCGGCUGCAGGAGCUGUACUUCAAAAGCAAGAUGCUGUCUGAAUAUCUCAAGGGCCAGAUGAGAGUUCACGUCAAAGAGCUGGGCGUGGUGCUGGGGAUUGAAUCCAGUGACCUCCCUUUGCUGGCAGCUGUGGCAAGCACUCACUCCCCGUAUGUCGCCCAGAUACUGCUCUGAGAUGCCGGAGGGCACGGGCGUCAACUUUUUUUCCCUGGAAACGAAACGGAAGGCAACUUGGUCUGGCUCCUUUCUCUUGGAAGCAACUGAAGCAAACGGCUCGCUGAGCUGCAGCAUCUCCAUGUAUGACUGCACAUCAUGCAAACGUUUGGAGACUUUUCCUCUCCCACGUGGCCGUUUAUAAAAAAUGGUAAAGAAAGGAAAAAAGGAAAAUGGAUAAGCCUGAGAUUCCAAGCACAGAAAAUCCAAGAUUUUAGCAAAAGCUGAAGACCUGUGUUUUUUAUUGGUUUCUGCCACAAUGGCUAACUGUAAUUUAUAUUUGGGAACGCAAGGAAAAACUACUUUGGGAAAUAUAUCAUGCUAUCGCCAAUUAUAAACUUAGCAGGAGAAGGCAGCAGCUGUCUUCAGACUGGCUUGUCCUGAUUAGGAUCCUGUUAAGAUCUUCAGUUCUCGAGCUGCAAUGAUUUGUAAACAACUUCUACUUUUUCAUGUAAUAGUCAAAUUCUGGACGCUUCCCAGAGGAAGAACAGGGGUUUGGGGAUUUUUUUGUUUUGUUUUGUAAAAAGCUUCUUAAUGACACUCAGCUCCGAAGUUUAUUUAUAAUCUUUCUCCCGGGGAGAGGGGAUAGCGGAGGGGUGGGGGACGGGGAGGGUGGAGGAAGAGGCCAGCGGACAAACUAGCAAAUGAGAUUCUCUUUCCCUUUCUUGGCCUGAUGUUGUAACCAGUAUUAAAUGUUUAUAAUGUUUAAAUGUUGCUUUAUACUAAGUGAGGCUUUUCUUUCACAACUUAAUCAAAAUGUAAAAAAAAAAAAAAAAAAACCCCAAAGCGAGACCGUUGGCUGCCGUUUCCCCAAGGGCUCCCCGAUGGCAUGACUAUUACCUCUGACUUUUGUAUGGCCUCUAGUGUUCUUGCAACAUCAUACUCUUUUUACAGCAGUCAGUCAGCUAUUGAAAUAAUGAGCUAGAAGUAAUUGUACCAAAGCAUUGGGGAAAAAACACAUUGAAUAUGACCCUUAAUUGCUCAGGUAACUAAUUGAUAUAUUUUUUAAAACCAUUCUACGAAAAAUGAACACUGAUUACACCAUAGGAUAGUAAUAUCAAAAUUAUUUUUUGACAAAAUAUACCCUUGAUGCAGAAGACUCUAAUCCCUUUUCUACUCACUUGUGUAAUUACCAGCAGGAAAUGUUGUUUAUUUUAUUCUCAGCAUUUCUCCUUUACUCAGCCAUCGCUGUUUUGUCAUUGUAUAUACAAUAGCUGUAAGAAUAGCUGAUGGACCCAGUCUGGUGUACGUAAUGUAAAUAUACAGUGGUAGGUGGAUUAUGUUUUCAAAGGCUCUACUACCUCAGUUUAACUGGACACUUCAUUAUAGGCUUUUCUUUGCUUACUUGUCCUAGCAGCCAAUUAAUGUUGCUAAUUUUAGGUUCUGUUUUCAUCGAUCGCAUUCAAUAUAUUGAAAUUCAUGGAUUAUCCACAGUAAAGGUAGGAGAUACUUGGUCACUAUCCUAUAUAAACAGUUCUAUAGAUAUCUCAUUCUGUAAUCAUCUUUUCAGUACUAUAGCCCGCCUUCUAUUCUUGUUUGCAGAGUUAUUUUAAAUACAAGCCUAUUUUAGUCCUUUGAUAAACUUGAAAACAAUAGGAGAGAUCCCUGUGCCACUGCUGUCGGUGACAAAACUCCUCCCUUCCUUCGCUUGGCCAGGGUUUCACCCGGUGUCUUUUUCGGUGAUAUCUAAAAGCCAGGACUUAAGGCUCUGUCCCAGGAAAGAUCGGCAUGGGCAAACCCGCACCAUUUGCCGUGUAGGACCGAGUCUAUGUUGGCAAGUAAACCAAACUAUAAUACAGGCAGUGCCAUUCGAAACUCUUUUGUAUAUAAAACUAUUGCUGACUGCUGCGGGGAAGAAACUUGUGUUUGAUAACGUGAUUGAAGGUACGUUUGUGCCCUGUCCUUCGCCUGUCCCCCCUUUACAGCGCGAUUGUGCUACGUCCGACUUGGGAGUGAGCACGAAACGUAGGGGCCAGUUCUGCAAACGCGUAUUAUAUGAAAUAGGGGAUUGAGCUCCGAAUAGGAAGGUUUAACUCUUUGCUAUAACACGUUAUCCAGCCAGUGGUUACCGCUCUGAACGCUGUACGUAUAUUUGCAGCUGCAGCCUGAUUGCACCAGGGCUCCCAGGCGCGGUGGCGUCGGGCCAAAAACCAAAGGGUUCGGGAGCUCUGCACCGCGGUCCUGGCCCCUCGCAGCGCUGUGCUCGUACUGCGGGGCUACGGGGAGACGCUCUGGUCUCCUCCAUUUAACCAUCCUUAAGUGAACUGCGGGUGUUGCGCGGGGAUGGACCCGGCGAGGGGUUCCCGCGGGCUCAGGGUGGCCGUCGUGGUGGGAUCGCGAGCAGAAGCGGAGCGCGACGGGAAGGUUUUCCCUAAGUCAAUUUCCAGGGUACACGAACAACGUGGUACGUAGGUCUGUGCGUUAAAUAAUACGAAAAGGAAUCUUUUACAGGACUGUAGCAUUGACUUUUAAAAAGUAUAUCACGAUCGUUUUAUGUGAAUAGGAAGUUAAUGGGUUUGAUUUCUGUUUUCCACUAUUCCCGAUCUCCAUUAAUAUGUCUUAAUUUUCUGGCUGAAAACUAAGCGUACUAGUCACACAAAUUAGAAAAAAAAAAUUUUGUUGCAAUUGGCAAACACUGGGCUGCUAAGAACAAAAAAAUAUAUUUAAAAGAAAGGAUUUUACACCUUGCAUAUGUUUUCCCUAUUAGUUAUAGAUAUUUUAUGACAAUUUUUUGCUUUCUCUAAAUUAUUUAGAUGGUGGUACUUGUAAAAUGCUGGGUAAAAUGUACAUACUUGUUAUCUCUUCUGUUUUUGUAUAUAUUUCCCAAGAUGUGCACUUGUAUUAUAAUAACCAUUCCCAAUUUUAGGGGAAAUUUGUGCAAUAAAUACAGUAUGUCAGUUUA